AUGGACUUGAAAGAUCAGAUCGCUGUUGCCCGUAACCUGGACCUGCCGCAGGCUCUUCCUCCCUGCUGCGUGUGUGCGAAUCCUCCAGCCCUCCGGGGCUGGCGGUGCCCCCGUCCCGGGGACCCGGCCUCCCCCGCUCUGGCACCUGGAAUCUCCCGGCCGGCCGCGCCACCACUUCGCGGGCCUAGACGACCCCUCCCGCCGCCGCGUCCCCGGGCGGCCGCCCCGCGCGCCGCGUCACUCGGCGCCCUCGAAUAUUUAAAAGAUGCUUCAAAGAAGAUGAAAAGUGGGCUUAUGUUUGUAAAAUUGGUUAACCCAUGUUCAGGGGAAGGAACCAUUUACUUGUUCAAUAUGUGUCUACAGCGGCUGUUUGAAAUAAAAGUUUUCAAGGAAAAACACCAUUCUUGGUUUAUAAAUCAAUCAGUCCAAUCAGGAGGACUUCUUCACUUUGCCACACCCAUGGACCCUCUAUUUCUGCUUCUCCACUACCUCAGAAAGGCUGAUAAAGAAGGAAAGUUCCAGCCCCUUGAUCAAGUUGUGGUGGAUGACAUGUUUCCAAAUUGCAUCUUGUUGCUGAAACUUCCUGAUCUUGAGAAGUUACUUCGACAUGUGACAGAGGAGAAAGAAAUAGACAAAAAGAAAUAUUACAAGUACAGCAAGGAGAAGACAAUAAAGUGGCUGGAGAAAAAGGUUCAUCAGACUGUAUCAGCCUUAAAAACCAAUAACAUAAAUGUCAGUGCCCGGGUACAGGCAGCUACAUUUUUCUCUGGUGACCCAGUUUCCAGUGACAAGGAAGAGGAUUAUAUUCGUUAUGCCCAUGGUCUGAUAUCUGAUUACAUCCCUAAAGAAUUAAGUGAUGACUUAUCGAAAUACUUAAAGCUUCCAGAACCUUCAGUGUCAUUGCCAAACCCUCCAUCAAAGAAAGUAAAGUUGUCUGAUGAGCCUGUAGAAGCAAAAGAAGAUUACACUAAGUUUAACAGGAAAGAUUUGACGACUGAAAAGAAAAAUAGCAAAAUGACUGCGGCUCAGAAGGCUUUGGCUAAAGUUGACAAGAGUGGAAUGAAAAGUAUUGAUUCCUUUUUUGGUACAAAAAAUAAAAAAGUUGGAAAGAUCUGAAACAUUGAAAAUGAAAUCUAGCAAAAAUAUUUUCCUGUUACAUGUUCCAUUUUUGUCCUUCCUCACACCACUGUGCCUCCUGACGCUUAAUUACCACCUUUUGAAAAAAAAAAAUUAGGGCAAUUUUCAGAGUCAAACAUUUCUUGGUAUUUGAUUUUUGUGUUUCUGAACAAAAUAUGGGAAAGUCAUUGUGUGACUCCAUGGCCUGUGGCCUUCAGACUCUUGUUUGACAUCAUGAAAAGUAAUCAAGUGAAUAGAGUUAACCUCUAGCUAGCAUCGCAGUUUCCUCAAUAAACUGGCAUGUGACAAUA